AAUGUCGUUGCUCGGCAACAUGACUGACAAGUUCUCCUUCCUUCACGCGGAACCGUACAUCCGGCGUAGAAGAAGACGUUCACGCUGCUGUACAUGAUAUAACAACCUACCGAUACACACAUUUUAUCCUUGCUAUGAAUGUAGAGCCCACAUACUCAAACAUUGGUCUGUUAACAUUAAAAGAACAAGCAUGAGUAGCCUGGAUCAAGACCAGCGUCUCCAUCCCAGUUGCCGUGACAAAACAACAGUCUCCAGUGAUUCAUCAGAUGCUUGUGAGCUUGCCAAGCAGCCUUUCCAAGGUCUAAAAUUGGCAUCACAUGAAGUGCUGGAGAAUGCGCAGCAGAAAGGCAGGUUGAAAUGCGCUAAAUGUGGAGGAUCAAGGAUGUUCUUCUGCUACACAUGCUGCUCAUUAGUCGGUGUCGCCCUGCAAGAGAUCCCUUUAAUCAAGCUUCCUGUUAAAAUAGACAUCAUCAAGCAUCCAAAUGAGACGGAUGGAAAGAGCACAGCGAUACACGCCAAGAUCCUCGCACCCAAUGAUGUCACCAUAUACACUUACCCCUGCAUACCUGACUAUGAGAGGGAUAAGGUGGUGGUGGUGUUCCCCGGUCCUGGGGCGGUCUCUGUCAAAGACAUGAUGCAGUGUUUGCAUGACAGCAGGUCACAUGAGUCCUCUGAUGAACGCUGCAUAAAAAGGCUGAAGAGGGAGGAGGGUCAAGGUGCCACAAACACUGACAAGAACUCUGAGUCAGGGACCCCUGAUGAAACACAGGGCUCAGAGUCCAGGGUGUAUCCCCUCCAGAAGGUGGUCUUCAUCGACAGCACGUGGAACCAGACCAAUAAGAUCAAUACAGAUGAGAGACUGCAAGAUUUUAUCCGGGUUGAGCUGAAGACGAGGAAAACCUGUUUCUGGCGCCAUCAAAAAGGCAAACCAGACACCUACCUCUCUACUAUUGAGGCUAUCUAUUAUUUCCUCAAGGACUACCAUGAGCUGUACAUUGCAGAGGAAUACAAAGGAGAAUAUGACAACCUGCUUUUCUUCUACUCUUAUCUGCACUCACUCGUGAACACAGCAAAGACUUUGGCGGGAAAAUGCUGAAGGGAAAAACUGGAAUCAGCUAUAAGAGACAGUUUUAGCUGCAGCUGAAGACUCAAUUUACAUACAAUCUUUUUGGUUUCCUGUUUUAUUAAAUGGUGAAGGAUAUUUUAUUUGUAAGGAACAUGCAAUAAAACGAAUGGUUUACAGCCAUUUCAAAUGAA